UUCUAUAAUAUACUAAAAUAUAGAUAAUUAAAAAUAUUAAUUAUAAACGACUUCGUGAAAGUGACUUAGACAAGAGUACAAUUCACACAUUUCAUCACUAUGGCAGAAGAAUUCAAUCCAAAAAUCAACUUUGAUGCCAACGUCGGACUUACUUCAUUCGAGUACGCUACUUGGAAACCAAAUUUUAAGCCACUGGAGCACCAGGUUGGAUAUAUGCAAAGACUCGUGCAUAAUGAUAAUAGGAAACACAAAAUGAACGAAAAUUUUGAAGAAGAAAAGAAUGAUAUAGACACGUAUCUUACGUAUGACCUUGAUUUUCUUCUAGACAAAUUUUUCAAUGGUUUAGAUACCACAUCUGAGAUAGAACAAACUUGUUCAAAUUACGAACCAUCGGAAAAUAGUGAUUCCACAGACUCGGACGUUAUGAGUUUCUGGGAGUCGUUGCCGAUCUCAGAUAUAGACAUUGAGAGAAGUUCUAAACGGAUAAUCAAUAUGAAGGAAAUAUUUUGUUCUAAGAGUGACGAUUUGGAAAGUAGCAUAUCGCCAAGUAUUUCAAAUGAUAUUACGGAUAGCGAUGAAGAUGAUGGCAUCGAUUGGAGUCAUUUAUUCAAGUAUGAUAUGCAGUUCGCAAAAUUAAAAUACGAAAUUAUGCAGAUGUGACGGAUUAAUAUGUUGAUUUUAUAAAUAAUUUGUAUUGUAUGAAUUAAUGGUAAUAUUUAAUUAAUAUUUGUGUA